CUUCGGUUUGUCCGGUGACCACCAAUAAUCUUUCGUUCACAACGUCGGUUAUCUUUGAACGAUGUGCAAACACAUUCUAAACGCGCAAGUUUCCAUCCGAGCGCCCUGCUGCAAGAAAUGGUUCGACUGUUCCGACUGUCACGCUGAAUCCGAGGCGCAUCCACUGGCACGGACGACCGAGAUGGCGUUUAUAUGCAAAAAAUGCAAGAAGGCUUUCCGUAAAGACAUGACAAGCUACGAGGAGAGUGACGAAUAUUGUCCGCAUUGUGAUAAUCAUUAUGUCAUUGAAGCAAAGACGCCGCAAGCGAUUGUCGGUGUAGAGGGUGAUGAUGCUAGGGUGGAUGCUAGAAUGCUAAAAGACGAUCGGGUGAAGCAGACAAAGAAUCGGACCAUCUUUUCUCGAGAUGAUUUCGAGGACCGGCUAGGAUGAACGUGGAUAACGAUUUUUCCGUCGUCUGAGAGUUAAUUCAUUCUAAGUUAUGUCAUCACAGCUAAGCACUUCAUUCACCGACAUCAUACGCGACGUCAAAAACUUAUAUCUCACAAUCCUAGUUCCACUGUUGCUGUUCUAGCGAGAUCCUUUUUAACCGACGCGCAAAGAGUACAUCGUUGUUCGUUGAUGCAGUUCUAGAAAGACGUCCCUAAGCACAUGUCGCUAAUGAGCCAAUGUUGUUUCUCUCGUCGUAAGAGGCAUUCAAAGCAUUUCUCAGAGUAUCUUCCAUUAGCUGAUAUACAUUCCUAUGUACUGUCUUAUCAAUCUAUCGGCGAGCUUGCAAUUGUUGUC